AUGGAAGAUUUCUUAAACACAUUAACGCCUAAUGGACUUUCGCCUCAUGAAUUAUUACUAAAGAAAAAUUGUCCCAUCAUGCUCCUAAGAAUCAUUAAUCCUUCAGAGGGACUAUGCAAUGGAACCCGUUUGAUUUGUCGGGCUUUCGAUCGAAAUAUCAUAGAUGCUGAAAUUGCCGUUGGACAUCAUAUGGGAAAAAGAGUCCUCAUUCCAAGAAUACCGUUCUUACCAAAUGUGGAUGAUAAUAGUGGUUUUCCGUUUAAGCGAACUCAAUUUCCUAUAAGAUUAAGUUUUGCAAUGACCAUAAAUAUGUCACAAGGGCAAACAUUAGAUUAUGUUGGGAUUUAUUUACCACAACCAGGAGGACACUUUAAAUUUUUUCACUCUUAUUACAUCAGUGACGCACUUGUCAAAAAUGCCAACCCAAGGUACAAGAUUGGAUCAUAUGAAUAUGAUUGGACCCUCAACUCAAGAACACUAAUAGAAGAUGUAGAAGAACAAGACAAUCAAAUAGUGGCGCCAAAAUAUAACAUCAUUCCAUUUACAGACUUGCACUCUUACAAAGACUCAGCUGAACGAAUAGAUUUCUUAGCUGUUGCAAUCCAGAUUGAAUCAACAAAAGAGAUAACCACAAAAUUUCAACAACAAACAAUCCAAGAGAUAUAUCUUAUCGAUGAAAGCUUCAACCCAAUAAAAUUGACUAUGUGGGGUCGGCUUGUCCAAGACGAAUGCAAAACAAUAACAAUAAUUAUUGAAGAAUACCCAAUAAUAUUGGGAACACAAAUAGUUGUUCGAACAUAUAGAGGAUUGUUCUUAUCAUCACGUUCAUCAAGUACCUUUACAAUCAAUCCUCAAAUUCCAGAGGCAACUGCAUUGAAGCAAUGGGCGAAUAAUAAUACACUGAAAAUCAAAAGUAUCAUUGAAACGUCGUUGACACAUCUAUCUACUACUAUAUCAUCUAUUGAACUUCAAAAAACCGUCAAAAUUUGUGAUAUUCCCCGUGCAAUGAAGGCUUUGCAAUCUAUGGAGAAAAAAUACUUUUGGAUAGAAGCAAAGAUAAAUAUAAUUGAUUAUGCCCAAAUGUACUAUUACAUGUCGUGUGUGACAUGCCAUAGAAAAAUACGACAUAAGUAUGACGAAAUAAUUGUUUGUGAAAAUCCAAACUGCAAACAGCAAGGCACCCCUACACCACAUGCUAGGGCAUAUGUGCAACUAGAAGAUGAUACUGGAAAGCUCGAUGUUGUUAUGUUCGGAGAAGUAGUAGAAAAGACAUUUGGUAGUUCUGUAGUCCAGUUGAUGGAAAAUUCUACACAGGAAAUUCCUCAACACAUUGAAAUUGUUACAAAUAAAUUAGCAACAAAAAAAUGGACAAUCAAAUUGUCCGGAGAUGAAGAAAAAAUGAAUAAUGUGAAAUACAAACAUUUCAUUAUUCUCUCAAUUGAAGCCAAACCAGAUAACAACAAGGAUGAAUCAUCAUCCUAA